AUGGUUGAGGGUUUAACCAACCAAAGAGGAGAGCUUAAGCACAAUGUGUCUUUGGUAAUUGUUUCAAUUUCUACCAUUUUGAUUUUCAUUGGUGCAGUUUUGAGAAGCAUAACUGUCUUUCAGAACAAUACCAACUACAACAGUAGCUGGGUUUGCGACUAUCGGUUGUUGGUUGUCGUGUAUGGUGGAUUCGAAACGCUCAUAAAUCUUUUAUACCUCAUUGGCAGAGUGGAUCUUAGAUUCUACCGCCCAGAUAGACUUCCUGCAAAGGUGAGAGCAAUCAUAACUGCGGAACAGAGCUUCUUCAAUACUCCCAACAUUUCAGACUCUGAAGAAGAGGACGAAUUAUCAGAUGAUUCUGGUGAUCUUUCAAAUAGUAGUUUGGAAUCCGAAAGAAAAUCAUAUGAUAUCAAUGAGACUGCAGUUCCUUCAGACUCAGAGAAACACCGUUCUACGAAGCUGGAUACCAUGGAGGAAGGGUUUGAGUUUUUUAAGUCGGACACAUCAAGUACAGCAUCCGAAUUCCACUUUUGA